AAAUGGGACUUGCAUUAUUAAUCUAUUUCAUUUUUGGUCCAUUGAUUAAAUCGAAUUCUCUGCGGUUUCUACCGUUUUUCUUGAAGCGCGGGGAGCUGAGAGAAGCUUAAGUAUUGCUUGGAAAUUCGAGUGGAAGAGGUAAAACAAAGGGAUAAUGUGGGGAUUUGGGGGGAGAUUCCAUUGGGGAAGAAAGGAAAGAAGGAGAAAUGGAGGAGGUAUAGUUGUAGCGUUUGCUUGGAUGUCGAGUCAAGAGAAGCACUUGAAGAACUAUGUUCAGCUCUACUCUUCUUUGGGUUGGGAUUCUCUCGUUUGUCAUUCGGAGUUCUUAAACAUGUUCUUCCCUGAGAAGGCUGCUGCUCUAGCAGUUGAUCUUCUUAAAGAACUUGUUCAGGAGCUGAAGAUGAGGCCGUGCCCCGUGGUCUUUGCAUCUUUUUCUGGCUGUCCUAAGGCCUGUAUGUACAAGGUUCUUCAGAUGAUCGAGGGAUUGUGCGAAGUACAAGUAAAUCCAGAUGAUCUCCAACUGGUGAAGGAGUGUUUUGCGGGCCAUAUUUUUGAUUCCAGUCCGGUGGAUUUUACCAGUGAUCUGGGUGCUCGAUUUGCGGUUCACCCAACAGUUCUCAAAGUGUCUCAUCCACCAAGAAUAGCAUCGUGGAUAGCAAAUGGCAUUUCUUCUGGUCUUGACGCUCUAUUCCUCAGCAGGUUUGAAUCCCAUCGUGCCGAGUAUUGGCAGACCCUAUAUGCUUCAGUUAGAAUGGGGGCUCCUUAUCUCAUAUUAUGCUCUGAAAAUGAUGAUCUUGCUCCUUAUCAAAUUAUCUGCAAUUUCGCUCAAAGAAUACAACAACUUGGUGGUGAUUUAAAACUUGUGAAGUUCAACGGUUCUCCUCAUGUAGGUCAUUACCGGCAUUAUCCAAUUGAUUACAAAGCUGCUGUGACCGAGCUUCUUGGUAAGGCAGAAGCCUUGUAUUCCCGAAAUAUUCAACAAUUCGAGGGUGAACGAGUUGAACCAGCAGGCGCACAGGAUGAAAUCUCUGAAUUGAUCUCCAAUAUCAGCAAAAUAGCCUUAAGCCCAAACAAGAGCUUCCGGGGAAGUCUGGUGCAAAGUGAUAAUUUCCUCUUGCCUAGUUCAAUAGAAUAUUAUGAAGGUAGGGAUUUCGGGUCUGCGCAAGACCAACACAAAGAAGGUUUGAUCCCUUUGCCUCACCCAUCAAGCAUUAAUCUCCAUGGGGUUCUUGGUCAAAUACUUUUCGAUGCUUGUGUUCCGAAGAAUGUCGAAGGUUGGGAUCUAAAGUCAUCAAAUUCCUCAAGCAGACAUCAAUAUACCUCUCGGAGGAAUUCCCACUUCAAUCUAAUCAAAUACAUCCGAAGAUCCCGGCUAUAAAUAAUAUUUUGUAGACUACUUUUGGCAGAGGCUUGUUCAAUGGAAGAAGGAAUGCUUGGCAAAGGUGGGGACUCAAAACUCCUAAAAGGAUAAAAAGGGGGGGGCAAUGUGUGAUUUCUGAUUUUUCUGUUUUGUUGAACAAUAAAUGAGUUGAUGGCACGUUUUGAGCUGUUAGACCUCUGUUCUAACAUAAAUUGUAUAGCGAAUUUACUAUAAAAGCUGACUUAUGUAUAAUUUGUGUGAAUCAUAGCCAUUUAAAUG